GAAUAUAAAAGUUUAGAUAUUCUAAGCAAAGUCAUAGGACGAAUAUAUCAGAAAGAGAAAUAUGUUUGCCAUUGUUGAACUUUUCAUCGUCAUCAUGACAUUAUGGCCUCUCACGUCAACAUCAAAAGCCGAACCACUCAAUGAUUUUCCUCAGAACUACACGAAGAACAAUAAACAGACAGUUGUCGAUAUUUCUUUUAAUGUCUUUCAUUUAAUUGACAUUGAUGACAGGAAUGGUAAAUUCACAGUUAAUGGAUAUCUAGAAAUGUCAUGGAUAGAUUUGAAUAUUACAACAAAUUUGGAAGACUCUCCGAAAUAUUUUAAGGAAUCAGAGAUCUGGACUCCAGAAAUCCGUCAGAUAAAUCACAACAGUAGAUUUGAUUCUGAAAAAAUGGUGGAUGAAACAGUAAUGUGUUACAGAGACGGUUCUGCAUUGAUGGUGAAAAUGGACGUAUUUACUUCGGAAUGUCAAACAGAUUUUUUCGAAUUUCCAUGGGAUACUCAGAAAUGUUCAAUAGACAUAGUGGCAUGGGGAUCCUUUGUGGGAGAAACUAUUUUUAAAGCAGCUGAAAACAAAGUCAACACGAAACUUUACCAACAAAACAAGGACUGGAUAUUGAUAGAUACAAGAAUCAGUGUUGACUUCAUGGAUUUUUUCACUAAACAUAGAACUUUUCAAGUUUCAAGGGCUAAAAUAGAGUUUACGAUAUCACGUCACUCAUCAUAUUAUGUAUGUUUUCUGAUCUUUCCCCUUACCCUGAUGCAAUUUCUUCAAAUCCUUGUGUUUUGGAUGCCUUGGGAUUGUGGUGAAAGAUCUAGCUUCUCGGUUACAGUUCUUCUUGCAAUAGCCAUUUAUCUCACCUUAGUCGCUGAGUACAUUCCAAAAUCAUCAAAAACUAACUACACAUACAUGGGAAUGAAGGUGAUUUAUGAUCUUUUGGUAGCAGGUUUUGUCCAGUUGAGUGUAAUAAUUGUUCAUCGUGUUUACAGUAAUAGUUGCCAGUUAGAUAUGAAAAUCGUGAGAUCCUGUAAAACCUGUGAAGUCUUCAACGACCCAGAAGAGACCAGUUCUGAUAUAAAUCGCGAACACAACACUGUCUGGAUAGAUCGCGGAAAAACAUUGGACAAAUGUUUCUAUAGGCUGACACUAGCACUCACAAUAAUUUCUUUAGUGUUUACUUUUCUCGUUUUCAUUUAUUCAAGAAUAGAAAUCCUGUACAUGUAACACAUUUCCUAUAAACGUUUCUGCUAAAAAGUAUAUUUUUCAUUCAUGUUUUGAUACUCUUCAGAUUAAAUGCUUGCAUAGUAAAAAAUUAUGUAAACAUUAAAAACCAA